GAAUUACGCAAAAGAUCUUGAAAACAGCAAACAUGGCCACAUUGGACAUUAAAGUGAAGCGAGCUAAUAAGAUCUACCAUGCUGAGGAAAAAGUUCAAGGUGUAAUUAUUGUUCAAAGCAAGACAGACCUUUCUCACAAUGGGAUCAGUUUGGUAAUGGAUGGGAUUGUGAACCUACAGCUGAGUGCGAAGAGUGUUGGGGUUUUUGAGGCAUUUUACAACUCAAUCAAGCCAAUCACCUUGGUUAAUCAAACAGUGGAGAUACAGAAAGCAGGAAAAUUGCCUGCUGGAAAGACAGAAUUGCCCUUUGAGAUUCCCCUAACAGGCAAGAUGAACAAACAGUUAUAUGAAACUUACCAUGGAGUCUUUGUUAACAUUCAGUACUCUCUUCGCUGUGAAAUGAAACGUCCAAUGUUGAGUAAAGAUCUAAUGGCUACCUGUGAAUUUAUUGUGGAGUAUACAAAGAGUAAUUCUCCAAAGCAAGCAGCAGCAAAACAACUAGAGUUCAAAAUUACACCUGAUUCACUUGAAAAUGUUAAAGUGAAAACAAAAGUUCCCUCAUUUUUGAUAAAAGGAAAGUUGGAUUCAACUUCUUGCUGUAUUACAAAACCUUUCACAGGCGAGGUGACCGUUGUAAACUCAGAAUUAUCGAUUAAAUCAAUCGAGUUGCAGUUAGUUAGAGUUGAAACAUGCGGUUGUGCUGAAGGAUAUUCAAAAGACGCUACGGAAAUUCAGAACAUUCAGGUCGGGGAAGGAAAUGUGUGUACGAAACUUCCUCUUCCAAUUUAUAUGGUGUUUCCAAGAUUAUUUACUUGCCCUUCUUUGGCUACACCAAACUUCAAAGUUGAAUUUGAAGUGAAUGUCGUCGUGGUAUUUAAUGAUGAUUAUUUAAUUACUGAAAACUUCCCAAUUACUUUAACAAGGUUUUAAUGUGAAAGAAAAUUGUACAUAUAUGCGAAUUAAUUUAGAGUCAGUGAAAUUUAUAUAACAGCAAGGCUCUGAUUUCACUUUCACUACUGUUACUUAGCUCUAACUUUCGCUGACUUACUGCGCUUGUGAUUGGUCAAUCUGACAAAGUUAAGCAUUUGAUUGGUUUAUGUUUGCUUUAAAUGCUUUAAAGGUUUUAAAGUAGAGAAAGUAAAAUCUGAACCUUGAUGACAGUUUAACGAUAUGGGCUGAAAGCUCGUCAGUUACAAUUUCCAACGAAAUGGAGAUAAUGUCAUAAUCGAUCAUCGCUUCCUACCUGAUUUCCAGUUGCAUUCAUUCGUACGUCUGAAAUAAAAGAAAAAAUAUGUAACGAGAAAAGUUAUCGGUAUAGAAUAGAGAAACGGUAAUUGUAUAUUUUUAUAAUGAAAAGAAUCAUUAAUUGUGAAAAGAAUAUUACGAUAAUUUUUAACAUGCA